AACAUUUGCGACCGGAUCACGAAGAGUGGCACAUCCCUGUAUCACAAAAAGUGAUCCAGAUCCUGCCUCCUUUUCUCCUCCCGACUGAUCGCGCGCGCCGACCCCUCCUCACCGUGCCCUAGCCGAUUCUUCUCCCCGACACCUAAGCCGCUUCUCCUCCUCUCCUCCGCGCUGCCGCCGAACCCUUCUCCUUCGUCGAGCUCGCGCCGCCACCCUCUCCUCUCCCGACCCCUUCGCCUUCUUCCCCUUGCGACGCCGCUAUCUGUUCCCGAACCUUUCCUCUUCCCCAAAUCGACGCCGAUCCUCUUCCUCCGUCGUCUUCGCCGUCGCCGAGUGCAGCCGUCGCCGGAAGGAAGGAUCAGCACCAGCGUCGCCGACAGCCGACCUCCCUUUCCUUCCUGAGCCGCGCACCGCUGACCUCUUCCUCUCCUCCCCGACGCACUCUCUCUGCCCUAGCGCCGGCAGCCGAACCCCCUUCCACCUCCGACCACUACAAGGGCCAGCCAACUAGUGUCCAGCGCUUGCAUCUCUGCCCUAGAUCGCCGCCCAGCGCCCGAGGUAUAUCUCGUGCCCUAGCCCUAGUCCUUCUUCAGUUGAGAUCUCUUCGCCAGCGCUGAGAUCAGGAGGUGGUUUUGCUGCGGGAGUAUGAGCUUAAAGGGCGUGCUGAUGGCCGCGGCGCUGCAAGGGGUGACGGAGGCACGGGCGAGGAUCUUCGGCCAUGUCCUGAACCCGUUAGGGAAGCGGUCGCCCCACAAGAUCCUUCGCAAAAAGCUCAUUGGAGAAAAAAUUGCAUCGUGGUACCCAGAUGACAUCAAGAACGAAGACCCCUCUGUUCUUGCCCGCGAGGAGAAAGAGCGAUUGGCUAAGUUGGAGAUGUUGAAGCGGCGCGGCAAGGGUCCUCCACCGAAGGGUCAAGGAAAACGUGCUACCAAGCGCAAGAAAUAAAUGAUCUUUCCAAGAAGUUUGUCAUCCUUACAGUUCUCUGAUUCCAAAUGAGUAGUACUGGAUGUGCUUGGUUCACAUUAGGAGCUAGAUUAUUGUUCACUUUGACUUGUGCAUGCUUUAUUCAUCUACCUGUGCUGUGAAACUUGAAACUCAGUUGUUGGUGAUAGAUCAUUUCCCUCAAUUACAGUGUAAUUCAUUUUGUUCA